AGAAAGGGUAGAGGUAUAUAUCUUGCCCAUCAUGACCGACAACCAGCAGCAGAAGGCGAUUUAUGUCGCCACUUAUGGCCGCGAUCCUAAGAUGGCUGAGGCUGUUAGUGAGAAAUUGUUGCCUGAUAUUGAAGUAGUCCACACCUCCCUCUCCCUCGACACCGCUCUCCACGAACUGCCCGCUCUCUUCUCAGGCGACACCUCCAUCGUCCCCUCCUCCGGUCUAGGAUCCAACACCAACCGGCCCGCCUCAGAGCGGCACAUCCCCACCGCUUUGCUCUUCGGCGGCAACUUAGCCGACGAAGAAUACGAAAAAAUUGUCUCCUCCGUAAGGGAGGCGAUCCCGGGUGCUGAAGGAAGCGGCACACCCGUGCAGUUCAUCAGAGUCGGAAAGAGAGAUGUCAUUGCGGCUGGGGCGUUUACGGGGCCGAAUCCGGAAACCAUUGCUAAAGAGGACGAGGGUCGUGGUGGUAUCGGUGGACGGUUUGGGGGCGGUGAUGCCUCUGUAGGGAAUGACAUUGGCAAGGAUACAAAUAGAGGAAAGGGAAACGGGAAAAGGUUCUGGCAGAGGGGCAACUCGGCCGAUAGUGCCAUCGCACUGCCGGACGACAGCUCAGAAAUCCCCCAAGAGACAAACGACUCCCUCGGCGCCGCCAUCACCACCGGUACUUCCACCUCCUUUACCUUCGCCGGCUCCACUGGUUGGCGAUACAUCAGUCUCUCGGACGACGACCACAUUCACAGCCCACAUGCAGACCAGGACGAGAACGUUGGCCUCCUCCGCGGCAUGCGGUUCAGAGGCAAGAAAAAUAAAGGAAAGAAGGUUGUCAUGUUCGCCAGUGGCAUUCCAGAGGAAGAACAUGAAGAUGACGAUGCCAAUGGGAAAAAGAAGGGCGUCAAAGGAAAAGGCGGGAAGUGUGAAGGAUGGUUUGAAACGCUCAUGGUCCAUGGAUUCGGAUCAAUCGCUCAUUUGUAUGUACCUUGUGUUGAUUUCACAACGUUUGAUGAGAAUGAACUGGAGAAGAAAGAGGUGGCAGUGAUGCCGAGGCAGGCACAGGCGCAUAUUGUGAUUUUCGAUGAUGGGCUGGGCGGUAUAGCGCUUCGUGAUUUAUAG